UGCAUCAGCUGCUCUCUGGCCGGAAGUAAGUCUUUCUCGUGGUGUGAGCGCGCAGGAGGAGGGCGGAGGAGAAAUGAUAAAGAAUCCGCAGUAAAACCGCUUUUCCUGCAGCCCGUUCUUCGCCUAUGUGGUUUAAUUGGGAACAAUGGUGAAGUAUUUCAGCUGUGUAGGAUUUCUUAAAGGAACAUGGGACCAAGUAUUUGCAGCAUUCUGGCAAAGAUACCCAAACCCUUACAGUAAUCAUGUUUUGACUGAAGACAUUGUCUUUCGGGAGGUGACUCCUGAUAACCGUCUCCUUUCCAGACGCCUCUUGACCAAAACCAGCCGAGCACCACGCUGGGCAGAGAAGUUCUUGCCCAGUCACAUGGCACGCAAGGCCUACAUCAUUGAGGACUCUGUAGUGGAUUCUAACAACAGAACAAUGGUCACUCUCACAUGGAAUAUCAGCCAUGCACGUGUUAUGUCUGUGGAGGAGCGCUGUGUGUACAGAGUGAACCCUGACAAUAGCAACUGGACAGAGAUCAAGAGAGAGGCUUGGAUCUCCUCCAGCCUCUACGGCCUUUCCAGAGCAGUUCAGGAAUUUGGCCUGGCGAGAUUUAAGAGCAGUGUCACAAAGACUAUGAAAGGAUUUGAAUAUGUCUUGGCCAAAAUGCAGGGUGAAACUCCUACACGGACGCUGGCAGAGACGGCGACUGAGAGGGCCAGAGAAACGGCGCUUGCUGCUAAAGAGAAGGCGAAAGGCUUCGCCUCUCAAGCACAGAAGAAACAAUAUGUAUGACUUGAAGACUGACACUUGACAUUGUUUUCUCAAGCCUGUGCUUGAAUUUGCUGAGGCUUUCUGAAAAGGGUCUGUCCGUUCCAGUUUGUAAAGGUAUCCGGGUUCACUGUAGCACUUCUCCAGCAGCUGGAUUGCCUUCCCUCUUCCGUUAGUCCAGCAAACUCCGUGAACCCCAUUCCUACCCCUGAUCAAUGUGCCCUUCCACCUGUAAAAUAAGUUUAACUGUCACAGGUACAACAUCUUCUUAUGCCUUGCAUAGAAAGUGUGAGACGUGUAUCUGUUCCAAAUCCUUACUUUUCCUGCUUUCUUUUACAUGGUUGUUUUACACAUUUCUUUUAUGUCUUUCUGUUGAUUUGCUUUUGUUGUGAUUUGUUAAUUAUAAAGGAUAUGAUCCAAAACUGAUUGAAAUGUGCCCUUAUGAUCAAUGUCUUUUUUUAUUCUGCUGUGUACAGUUACUUCAUUGCUUCAAAUUGAAGUGAUAUGUGCGUUGAUGGGUCCACAUAAAGUGAUGUUUAAAUACUGCACCAGUGUUCAAAAGUAUGGAAGAAAGGAUUGCAGUGGACGGCAGUGUCUGUGGAUAUGCUUGAUUCACAAUUAACUUGUAAGCAAAACAAUAAUUAUAAAGUGUAUAAACAAAUGGUAAAGCUCUUAAAUAAGUACAAUUUGCUUACUGUCAAUAAACGUUUUUCUAUCCAGCACAGGUCAUGUUCUUUCAUUAAACUGAUGUCAUUAAUUUAAA